AUGACACUGUACGAUGAGGCUCCAUUAUUUACUCAUAGCUACAAUCUAGGUGGUGUUACACCGUCUGUACCUAUUGCGAUAGAUAAUGUGGUAAGUCCAAAAACAUCAGAAACUCCAGGGAAUCCAGAUUGUGCGAGUACGCCAAUUGGAGGGGAGUCAGAACCAGGUCGCCGACAAGUACCAAGAGUAGUACCGACUGCAAGGAAUACAGCGAGGAUGACUGUAGCAGAUCGCGGGACCGAGGUCACAACAAGCGAUGAACGCAUAACUCAGGAGGAGUUAUUAGGGCGUGGCAUCAGCAGGAAUAAGGCUAUAAAGACAUCGCUAAAUGAGUCGAGUCUAGCCGGUUAUAGGAAACCGAACCAGAAACCGAGAUCGAAAUCUCAAGGUUCGAGGAAAGCAGUUCAGGAACGUCCAGUUGACGUUAUGAACAGGGACAGAGCCACGAUGGCUGCUCCCACAGAAUCGACGGUCACGGCUGAUUAUCCAGGAGCGAUAUCAGAGGUUGAUGACGCGUCUGAGCCGAGCAUACAGGCUGCGGUGGAACAAAGAAUGGUUGAGGAUUUGCCAACCAAUACAAGUCAAGACGACAGUGAUCUGGAAGAGUCAGAUCAAUACUACUCGUACACUCACGGGAGUGGUACCAGUAAUGCCGAUGAGUCGAAUAACACAGUGGCAGUUAUAUCGGACGGAUCAUCGAGGAACAUUGUGCCAGAAACGUGGCAACAGGCUAUAGUUUCGAGUGAUGCAGAUCUAUGGAAUGCAGUCAAACUCGUGCUACACUACGUGCAAGGAACGUUAAGUUACGCACUAGAACUAGGAGGAACCAAAAUAGUGGAUUGUGUUUAUUGA